AGCACGAGGGAACACGCAAUUUUUGAAAAAUGAGACCACAGUUGCUUUAAAAUACAUCAAUUAGAUAAGCCCCUAAAUUAACUACUACUCCUAUAUAACAUAUGCUUUAUUUUCUUCAUCUCUCAAUCUCUUCCUUCAUUUUAAGCAGCCUAUAAUUCAAGAGAUUUGGGUGCUGUUUCCCUUUUUGCCUAACUUAUACACCAAAUAAUUAAAGCUAAGCCAUGUUUAGAGCAAUGAGUACGCGAAGGGACUAUAGAGGAUACGGAGUAUUGAAUAAGGGAGAGGAAGAUGAGGAGGCUUGUGCUCCAAUAUUGGGAAAGCCUAAAUUGAGCAGAAACAGAACAGCUCCUGCUUCUGCUGCUGCUAAAUUCUUUAGCUCUUCAUCGAAGAAGGUCACAUCGGAGGACAAUUUUCGUGCAAGUGCUCAGCUAAAAGAAGCGAGCAAGGUUCACCCGAUAUUUAGUUUAUUUGAAACGAAGAGGAAGAAGAAGGCAACUGCUAGGCCUGAAUUCUCAAGGUACAUUCAGUAUCUUAGAGAGGGAGGUUUUGGUGAUGUAUUGCAGACGACUACUUAAUUAAUUCCUACAAAAUCAACUUGCCUGCAGUUAAUUAGUGUUCUAAAAUAAGUUAAAGUUAAUUUGGAUUUUGUGGUACAGAAGACGAUCAUUGAUUUUUUUAUUUUAUAAAUUGGUUUACUAUAUAUGGUCUUAAUUUGGAGCUGAAGAGCAUGAUAUUCAAUUGUGUAAAUAUACGUCAUAAUGCAAACUUGUUUUAGAUUAAGAAUGUCAA